AUGACGACGCCGACGGCUUCCCCGGCGCCAGCAUCGACCCCGGUCCACCUGCACCCACUAUCGACGGAAGAGCCGCCGCCCAAAAGCCGCCGCACUCGCACUUCUGGGCAGCGGCAGGGCGACGCGCCGGCGUCUCCGGAGAGCGCGACUAAUACACGCUCGCCGAACUAUUUUGCUCUCAAAGCGCAGCUCGAGGCUGGCACUCGGGACGGGCGCGGGAACUGGGAUGGCAGCGUGCGGGGCUAUGGCAAGGCGAGCAGCCGAAGCGCGGCGCAUGAGCCCAUGCUCGCCGACUUCAGCGCGGGCGAGGCCGAGAGGGGGGAGGGACGGCCAGCGCUGCAGGAUAGGCGCCGGCAAGCGCCCCCGCUUUUCGUCGUGGGGUCGUCGAGGGACGCGUACGUCGAAUCGGAGCUGAACUUGGGAGAGGUGGACAAUCACGAUUUGAGUCCCGAGGCGACUGCACAGAUCCUGGCGACGCGCUGGCACGACUAUUCUGACGAGGCGAUCCAGUCUUCCAUCUCUGGCUUCAGCAUUUCCUCAUCCCCUGCUUAUGCGUCGGCGCACCCGUAUCACUCCGCCCUGCGCGUCUUGUCGUCGGCGUAUCAGAACCUCACGCGAGUGCGCAGGAGGCUGGAGGAGGAGCGGAAGCUCCUUCGGGAAAAGGAGGACGCGCGGCGUCAGCGCGCAGACGAGCUCAUGAAGGAGCUGCAGCCUUCAGAACAAGACGUCGCCAGGCGCGUGCUCCAGUCCCUCUUCACCGAUGACGACGAAGGAGAACACAGGAUACAAAGAAAGCAGAGCCACAUGUCUCUCACCGAAACCCUUUCGGAGGCCAUCUUGGACGAGGUCACGCUCAUGCGUCCAGAAGACCCCGACGAAACGAUCACACCCAUGAAUUCGAAGAUCACAGUGACACCUCCUGCCGAAGACGGAUCGCUGCCCAUCAACGGACUCGAUGCCGUAGACGGACGAUCCAUCACCUCUCCUGCCGAUCCCGUUCUACCAGACGACAGCAGCUCUUAUUCUGUUGGCACCACGAGCGUCAAUGCCCCGAGCUUCGAGACAGUGGGAAGCUCGAGGUCCGACAAGUCGUCUAUCGGCGAUUGGAUGGGCUCGUGGUGGAGCAGACCUCGGACCAAGAGUGGGCGCGUGACCUUGACCGCGCCCGAGGAGAAUGUCGAACAGCAAGGAACCGCAGAUCUCGCCGUGCCAUCCCCAGCUGAAUCUGAGGCCAGUUCUCUGCCGGACGUGACAGCUGCUGCGGCCAAGCCCGCGAGGCGCAAGAACAAGAGCGUUUUCGGCACCCUCGGAUUCUCCAUCCUCAAUCCGACGCUCACGUCUUCCACCAAGAAACGACGCAAUCUGUCCGUUUCCGACGCCUCGUCCUUCCAAGCUUCCCCGAGCCUCGAUCGUGCCCCGCCCUUGGUGCUCAAUUCUCCAGUCCAGGCCGCGUUUACGGCGCCUGCCCCUGUGGCACCCGCCCUAACGACCGAGCUGCAGACGUCCGUCGUCAACUCCCCGGCGCCUUCCACCGUAUCCCCAUAUAGUCCAGGUGAGAGGCCCCCUCAGGGUUCGUCAUUACGAGCCAUCGUGCAAGCUACGCGUGUCAUGACCUCCGAUCCGAGCAGCGUGCUUGCGGACCAGGGAAUCGAAACAAGUCCGUUCAUCGCUAGCCUGGCCCUCCGGCUCGUCCGGGAGGCGCGAGAGGAAGGCCUUGAGAUCCGUGAGGUGCCCAAGGAAAGGAAGGAGAAGAAACAGGACAGGGACGCCGCGGGUGAACAUGGAAAGCCUACGGCCACUCUAUCCAAGUCGAGCGAAAGCGAUGUGACAAGCAGCCUCAACCGCGCCCUUGCCGCGGAGGAGACCACUGCGCGGAAGGCAACAAAGGCACGGAUGCCCUCGUUCACUAGCCCCAUGCUGGGCUCGCCGCUGUUCGGCUCCUUCUUAACCCAGCAGCAGCGUAAACCGGUGUCAGGCCUCGACGCCGCACAGAAGCUGCCUCCGGGGCCGCAGGAUUCUCCUCUCCAGGGAGGUGCGCCCGCCGCUGUACCUGCUCAGGCUGUCACUCGGACGGCGGCCUCCGUGCCCCUCGAGUCUAUCAUCCCGCACACCGCGAAGCCGCCCACCGAAUAUUUGUCACGCACGUACACCCCACUUACGGCACGCGACUUUAGGGCCUCUAUUCCGCUGCCGCACUCGGCCUCGCGGUUCUCGGUGUACCACGGCGACACUGACCAGGAGCCUCUGACGGACAGGUUCGGGUUCAUGUACGACGUCUCGCAGUACGACGUCCUGCUCCUCGUGCGCGCCAAAGAAUGCGGCAACGCGGCGCCCGCGUGUCUGACGGGCGUCAAGAUCGCGGACCGGACGGAGGACAAUGACUGGUCGGACGACGAGGUCGAGGUCGAGGUCGCGAUGGAGGUGGUCAAGGAGGCGUGUGACUGCGACGGCGAGCUCGCGGUUGCGGAGUCGCGCGGCAGGCACCUGUCCCUCCGGAGCGUGCCCACGACAGACUCGUCCGGCGCGUCGCUGGCCUCCCGCGGGGUCUCGCCGUCCUCGUCCCGUGCGGGCCGCCCGCGCUCGUCGACCGUGACGUCCUCCGCCACCGCCGCCGCCUCGUCCGCCGGUCAGAGCCAGGCGCGGGCGCGGUCGUCGAUCCUGGCCUUUGACGCGGACGCGCCGCGCCACGUGUGCGCGAACGUGAUCCGGCGGCUGCUGGAGGACCUCACGAGGGUGCACGACCAGCGGCAGGCCGCGCAGCGCAAGGAGUGGGACGCGUUCGUGCGGCUCCGGCGCAGAGCGCGCGCGGCGCCCGUAGCGAAGGCGUCGACGUCGGCGUCGGUGUCUGCUGCCGCCGUGGCGGGCGGGGCGGCGGCGAUCCUGGGGCUCGGGACGGCGGUCGCGGAGGACGAGCUGUCGCAUAGCGAGGGCCUGAUCGGGUUCGCGCAGCUCGGGCUGUCCGCGAACAAGGACGAGCGGCGGGAGCUCGGGCGGCUCGUGCAGAGCGGGAUUCCGCUGGUGUACCGCGCGAAGGUGUGGCUGGAGUGCAGUGGCGGGCUGGAGAUGCGCGAGCCGGGGCUGUUUAGGGACCUGCUGGCGGAGGUGGGCGCGGACGAGGGCGUGCUGCGGGAGAUUGAGAAGGAUGUGGGGCGGACGAUGCCGUUGAAUGUGUUUUUUGGUGGGGAUGGGGCGGGCGUGGACAAGCUGCGGCGGGUGCUGACCGCAUAUAGCAGGCGAAAUCCUGCUGUUGGGUACUGCCAGGGCAUGAACUUGGUCGCUUCGACGCUGCUGCUAGUUCACGCUGACGAGGAAGAGGCCUUCUGGGUCCUCACGGCGAUCAUCGAGCGCAUCCUGCCCGACGAGUUUUUCUCUCCCUCGCUGUUGCCAUCGCGUGCGUGCCCCAUGGUGCUCCUCGACUACGUGAAGGAGUACACGCCCAAGCUCUACGCGCAUCUGAACCAACUCGGGAUCGACCUCCCCGCGAUCUGCUUCUCGUGGUUCCUCUCGCUCUUCACGGACUGCCUGCCGGUCGAGACGCUGUUCCGCGUCUGGGACGUCUUCUUGGUCGACGGCCUGGACGUGCUGUUCCGAGUGGCGCUCUGCAUCCUGCGCGGCAACGAGCAGGAGCUGCUGCGGUGCGAGUCGAUACCCGCCGUGUACGUCGCGCUGGAGAGCCUCCCGACGCGGAUGUGGGAGCCCGACAAGCUGCUGCAGCUGGAGGCCGACCUGAGGUUUACCGUCGUACACGCGGACAUCAUCAAGAGACACAAUCGGCAUGUUGCGGGGCUUCAGCAAGUCAUCAAUUAGAUUUGUUCGCGGCAUAGUAUCUAUUAGGCAUCGUGUAGGUGAGUAGCAUCGUGAUGUGGACACUGGUAUGGGCGGUUCGGCAAGCAUCAGGGGACUUUUUUCUGUACAGAAUGUAAUCGUGCAAGGGAUGGGUCGCAUAUAGAACCUUGAUAGAAUAGAACGUCGCUUUGAUGUGCUCAU